AGAGAAGGUGGUAGCACGGGCUUAAUUUGUCUUGUAACUGGUGAUUCUAAGGGGGGGCAGCAAAAUCCUUCCAAUCCCAAGGAUCCUCAUAUUACUCCUCUUCUGAAUCGGACCAUCAGGGUCACCCCCUUUCCUGAAUAUCAAUACUUGGCUAUUUCAUACGGCUUUUCUCAUCUUCAGAGCCUUGCACAAACAUCAGUUCAACCUGGCAAGUCCGAUCCCCGCUAAAACGAUGACCAGGCUGACCAAUUUUAGCAUUGACGCCCCGCGCUGGGACCAGAGCACUUUUCUGGGGCGCCUAAAGCAUUUCUUCAACAUCACAGACCCGCGGACGGUGCUGGUGUCGGAACAUGAGCUGGACAGGGCUAAGGCGCUGGUGGAAAGCUGCAGGGCUGGCCUGGUUCCCCCAGGAACCAGCCAGGAACAGCUGUUCUAUGCCAAGAAGCUCUACGACUCUGCAUUCCACCCAGACUCUGGCGAGAAGAUGAACUUGAUUGGGAGGAUGUCCUUUCAGGUGCCCGGGGGAAUGGCCAUCACUGGUUUCAUGCUGCAGUUUUACAGGACAGUCCCAGCGGUGGUUUUCUGGCAGUGGGUGAACCAGUCGUUCAAUGCCUUGGUGAACUACACCAACAGGAACGCGGCCUGCCCCAUCUCGCUCACGCAAAUCGGAGUGGCUUACGUCACCGCCACCAGCACAGCCCUGGCGACUGCAGUGGGACUCAACCUGUACACCAAGAGAGCCCCGCCCCUCGUGGCACGCUGGGUCCCGUUCGCGGCCGUAGCUGCCGCCAACUGUGUGAACAUCCCCAUGAUGAGGCAACAGGAGCUCAUUAACGGGAUCAUGGUGACGGAUGAGAAGGACUGUGAGCUGGGCCAUUCCAGGGUCGCUGCGGUCAAGGGGAUUACCCAGGUGGUGGUCUCCAGGAUCGUCAUGGCAGCGCCUGGCAUGGUUCUUGUGCCGAUUCUCAUGGAGCGGCUGGAGAAGUUCCCCUUCAUGAAGAGAAUUCAGGUCCUCCACGCGCCUUUACAAGUGAUGCUGGCUGGGGGCUUCCUCCUGUUCAUGGUGCCGGUUGCCUGCUCGCUGUUCCCACAGAGAUGCUCUCUGGCGCUGUCUAGCCUGGAGCCGGAGCUCCGAGCCUCCAUCCAGGCCAAGCACGGGGACUGCGUGCCUUACGUCUAUUUUAACAAGGGAUUGUAAAUCGAGCGUCUACCUCGGGAGCCGUCCACGGCCCUGCACCGUGCUCCGUGGGGCCACCUGCGGCUACAGGGCUGUAAGCUGGAGACGGGCUCAGGACAUGCCAAUCAGACCUGGAUCCCCCACCCUGGCUGCCAAAGUAUUUGAGG